CACUUACACACAUGCACGCGCGCGCGCACACACACACCCGGAGCAGGGAACAGCAGCUCGCUCGCUCUCGCGCUCGCAGUGCUCCCUGUGUGCGCGCGCUGGCUGGGUGCUGCUGUUAUUGUUAUUGUUGUAGUUAUUGUUAUUGUUUGUUAUUUUUUUUGUCUUUUAUUUUUGUUUUGGGUAUUUUUUUUGUUCCAGCCCACGUGACCCAAAUGAGGGGAGAUGCAGCGCGUGCAGUGAUCUGAAGGUCUGGAGAUCCGGGUUCAGGAUGGUGAGGUUCUGUGUCUGAGAAGCUCCAAGUGAAGGAAGGCCGGCCGACCCCGUCAGAACCUCCCGAGCCCCGACCCGCCCCUCUCCACCGCGCUACCGCACCGCCGCCCAGCUCCAGCCAUGUCCAACCUGAACGCGGCGCUGUGCAUCGAGAGCGGGCAGAGUGCCGACGUCUCGCUGCUGCAGAAGGACAUCCUGCAGGACGGCGGAUUAAACCAGCUGUUGGAUUAUAACGCGGAACUGGAGCGGUACCGGUCAUUCGCCAACUUUUACAAAACCAACGGCGCGUUCCCUCAGACCGCCAAAAUCGCCCGCAUCACCACGCCCAUCUUCCCCAGCGCCCGCAUCGGCGUGUCCCCCUGGAACUGCGACAACGCCAUGCUCUGGGGACGGAAAUCGGCGGCGGCGAUAAACCCCAACAGGACCGGCGCGCACCGGAACGAAUCCCCGCGGCCGGGGAAGCCGGAGACGCUGCAAAUGGCAAAUAAUAAUUUCCUCUCUACCUUAUCCCCGGAACACUGCCGGCCUUUAGCCGGGGAAUGCAUGAACAAGCUGAAAUGCGGCGCCAGCGAAGCAGAGAUAAUGAAUCUCCCCGAACGCGUCGGGACUUUUUCCGCCAUCCCGGCUCUAGGGGGCAUCUCAUUACCUCCCGGGGUCAUCGUCAUGACAGCCCUUCACUCCCCCGCUGCCUCCGCCGCCGUUACAGACAGUGCGUUUCAAAUUGCCAAUCUGGCAGACUGCCCGCAGAAUAACUCCUCCUCCUCCUCCGCGUCCGCCGGGAACCCGGCCAAGAAGAAGAGGAAACGGUGCGGGGUGUGUGCCCCCUGCAGGCGGCUCAUCAACUGCGGCGUCUGCAGCAGCUGCAGGAACCGCAAGACCGGACACCAAAUCUGCAAAUUCCGCAAGUGUGAGGAGCUGAAGAAGAAGCCCGGGUCCUCACUGGAGAGGACGCCGGUGAGUAACGGCGAGGCGUUCCGGUGGUUCUUUUAGGCCGAACCCAGGAGACCCCAGGCCACCUUCAGACUCUCUGCUAAAAGCUCCUGUGGGGCUCCCAGAACCUGAACCCGAACCCCAGCAGGGGGCGCGAGAGCGGCGGCGGCGCGAGAGAGAGAGAGAGAGCCGGAGACGAGGGACGGCGUGGCGUCGGCUUUACGCUGUCAUUUCUUUUCCUGUGUAAUUAUUGUACCUUUCCACCGUAUCAUAAUGUAUAUUUUUCGGUGUGUAUGAACGUGUUUCGGUGUCGUGGCUGUUCCAGUUACAGCCGUUCUUUACGUAACGGACUCAGUAGACAAUCAUCAACACCUGGGAUUAAUAAACAAUACCGACGGAGGCCACCGGGGCGGCGCUGUGACCCGGCCCGGCCGCCACCACCGGGAGCUUUUCCACCUGCAGCAAUAAUCGGGAAGGUGAUUAUCCCUCAUUUUUUGGGUGAUUUUUUAAUUUUUUGGGUGAUUUUAUCGGAGCGUUGCGUCGCCGGCGGAAGCAGAGGGAAACGGCAGCCGUCGCCUCGCGUCUGGAGUUCAGCGUUUUUUUACAGACUCUCUGAAUCUGCGCACCAAAACACGCCUGGAUUUGUUCGUUUUUCCAGAUUUUUUUGGAAUUUUAAGGCAGAAAAUUGUCUUACAUGUUGCUUUUCCUCCUCGCGCAUCCCGUCUCACUCCGGUGCGCCCCCUACAGGCCGCCGGAGAAACACUCGUAUGGAUCAUUUAUUAUUUAUUUUAACACAUUUUAACAAAAACUGCCCAAAAGUAAACAGAACUACCAGAAAAUAAGUUCUGUUUCCUGGUAAAACAUUAAAUUAAUUUCUAAAUUCAGUAUUUAAAAUUUAAAGAACGUCUGAGGAACGUCCCACAAACAGUAUAGAAAGUAAAAGUAAUGAAGUUUAAAGUAAUUCUUUAUUAAUUUGUUAUUAAUAAAAUAACCCCCCAGACUCCGCCCCCUCAUUACAGCCCUGAUGUUGCAUGUGUAAAUGUGUUUUUGGUUUUGAAGAUUAAUCUGAGGAUUUGUAAAUUGCUGUUGUGAUGCUUUUAUGUGUUCAAAUAGAAAAAAAGACAAAAAGUGUAAAAAAAAAUGAUAAUAAUUUGAUGUCAGCGAAUAAUGAAAUAAUUUUUAUUAUUCUCACUUGUAAAAUAAAACAUUACGAUCACCUGA